GGAAAAGGAGGCGGUGGGAAAAGGUGGGCAGAGGGAAAGUGGGGGCAAAGAGGAUACCAUGGAGGGGGUGGGGGUUAUAUGUAGAAAGGAUGCUAAUUUGUACUAGCUGGCGGAAAAUGGCUGCUAGUUUCUCAUCCUCUUUAUGAUAACGGCAAGCUCUCCUAUUUCACUUCUAUCUGGGGAUCUCUCUAUCUGUAUAUGCAUAUAACAUUCUAAUUAAUUGAGAGGGGGUGCAGUUCUUUCAACGUGCUAAUGCGACCCUAACGCGCCAGCUCGAUUCACAUUACAUGGUUCGGGUGCGGGCUGUGGUGAUGACCCGAGACGACUCGAGUGGGGGUUGGGUGCCCAUGGGGGGUGGCGGCCUAAGCCACGUGGUGCUCUGCAAAGUCCGACACCCCGAGGAAGGCCGGCACCGGCAGUACCUGAUCAGUGGGGAGCGCCUCCGGGACCAGACGACAAUCUUGGAGUGCACGCUGAAGAGGGACCUUGUCUACAACAAGGUGAACCCCAUUUUUCACCACUGGAAAGUGGGGGACAACAAGUUUGGUCUUACGUUCCAGAGCCCUGCAGAUGCUGUGGCCUUCGAGAGGGGCGUGCAGGCUGCCCUGGAAGAAAUUGCCGAAGGUUCCCUGUCACCUUCCUCCACUUCCUCUUCCUGUCAGGAUGAAGCAGAAGGGAAGGAAGAAGCUCUUGCAGUGCACACAGAUAGUGAAUCCUCUUCCAACAGCCAGAAAGAAAUGCUUCCCAAACCCAUCACUAUUGUAACCAGUGAGUCCUCAUCCAGCUGCUACAUCCGCUCAUCUGUCUCAGAAGAGUUUUCCUUCAGCACGCCAAAGGGAGCAGGGUCGGCUGGACCGGUCCAGCCUCAGCCCUUGCAACAGUUGACCCUCCCAGACGAGGAGGAAUUGGAGAGCAUCUCCCCUUGCAGAGACUUCUGGGUGACCAAAGGCUAUGAGGACUACCGCCGGGCCGUAGUCCAGAAGCACCAGCCGGACCCCGAUAAGAUUGAUAUGUGCGUCCACUUCAAGAAGGGCGGCGGAAGUGACAAAUCAUUGCGGGAGAAGGAGUAUAGCUUCCCGCCUGGGGCUGAAGGGCGGCUCAAGGACCCCAAAGCCUCUCCUUCCUGCCGCAUCCAUGGUGCCCCUUCACCCCCCAAACACAAGCCCCUGAAGGAGCAGCAGCAGCCACCCCCACUUGGGCCAGCAAGCUUGGAAGAGGACACAGUACCCUCUCGGUGUGUCUACUGCCGGGACGUCUUUAACAACGAGGAGAACGGGCGCGGGCAGUGCCAGGAUGCCCCCGACCCCAUUGGCCGCUGUGUCUACCAGUUCACCUGCAUGUGGUGCGCUGAGAGCAUGCUGUACCACUGCAUGUCGGACUCGGAAGGGGAGUACUCGGACCCUUGUUCCUGCGACACCGGCCACCCCCACUUCUGCAUCCGCUGGAUGGCCUUGGUCACCCUCUCACUCGUGGUCCCUUGUAUGUGCUGCUACCUGCCCCUCCAUGCCUGCCACUGGUGUGGCGAGCACUGCGGCUGCUGUGGGGGCAAGCACAAAGCUGUGCGGUGAAGCCGGAGGGGUCCAAUACAGGGCGCUCACUUUUAGCUGCCAGGGCGGCGGCAGGCAUACGCCGGCAGCUUUCCACAAAGCCGGAAGUUUGCUGGGGGCGUCUGGUCCGACCCCACUUUUCCCCAACCCCACUCUCGGAUCCUCUUUCCGCUUCCCCUCCAACCUUCUUAUGCCAGUGUUGGGGAAAAGAGCACUGUGUUUUGAGGCAGACUGGUGGAAUUCCUGUUUUGUUCUGUUUUCAUUUUCCAGUUUUCAAAAUCGCCGGGAGGGGGGAAUCAUUUUUACAACAAAAUGGUUUAAGAAAAGAAAUAAUGAUCAAGCAAGGAAACACAGCUGAACAAUUUUAGCAGGCAUGGCAAUGGGAUGUUGCCAUAUAGGAGAUAACAGGUUGCAAGUACUGUCUGUUUCCUGUCUUAUUUUUAACUAAAUAAGUUAAAAAUCAAGAGAGAAAUGAAAGGGAUGUGUGCCUAAUGAGGUAGGGGCACCAUCUUUUUUCUGCCUUCCAUCCCAUGCCUUGAAGGUCAUAGUGUUUUAAAAACCCUCACAACAUAGAUACUAAGCUCCAUUCUGGAGCAAGUGAUUUUGGAUUGAUGGAUCACCACUUGCAUAGACCCCAGGUAUUAUCUCUUGUUGGCACAAGGCCUUCCUUGGGACUGCUCCCAAGUUCACUGAGCAAGACCUCAGAAGCUUUCCGAUGCCUCGGCGGGCAAAGUUUUGAAAUUUCUUGAGUGAAAGCUGAAGAAGGCAUCUAUUCCUUUAAUGAUUUUGUAGAAGAGAGCAUUAGAGCAGGUGUUGCCUUUUCAUUUAUUUAUUUAAUUAAUUUAUAUGACACCAAUCUCCAGAAGUGGCUUACUAAAAGAAUCAAUUAAAUCAACCAGAUACAGUGGCUUACUAAAUCAAUCAAUUAAAUUUUCCCAGUGAUAAAUAUAAAUUCAGUUUAAAAUUGCAUUAAAACAAUAUAGCAUAUUUUAAAAGGCAUAAAUAUAAUGAAGCACCCUUCCAAUAAGAAAUCUCCUUGUGAGUCUUGAUAAAAUCAAAAGGAGAACCAAAAAGGAAAUUCAUGUGGGUGGGAGCAGCUACUUAACAGUUUUUCUUGUGUCCUCACUAAGCAGGACCAAGAGAAAACCUCCCCUAUGGAUCUUAAAACUCUGGCAGGUUCAUAUAGGGAGGUUUGGCCUUUUAGAUAGUCUGGAACUGAGUGUGAUGUAGUGGUUUGAACAUUGAACUAUGACUCUAGAGACCAGGGUUCAAUUCCAUCCUUGGCCAUGGAAACCCACUGGAUCAAGUCAAAAUACCCUCAGCUCCAGAAAAACCCUAUGAUAGGUUUGCCAUAAGUCAUAUAGAUAUGUUGUACAGUUGCUGGUUACCUGGAUUCUGGGGGCAGCUGCUGUUCACCUUGCUUGUUGUAAGCAGGCACACAUCUACAGGAAGAACCCAGCUCAAUUCUUAUUGUAUUGUUUAUUACAGACAUACUGAUACCCACCCCGUACCGAAAGCCUGUGUUUCUCCAGCCCUCCUUCACCAUCUCUCUAAUACCAAUGCUGCUACAAAAUGUUCAGAUAGAUAGAGGACAAGGAGGAAAAGGGCACAUAAACCAACUUUGUAAAAAAGAUGAUCUUUUUCAGAGACCUUACUGACUGAGCUAUGCCUGUGCUGUACUAUGUUUUGUAGUAAGGCAUCAAUGAUUUGCACUCCACACUUACAUUCUCAAUCCUCAAUAAUAAUUGGGGGCAACACAUUUAACUGUUUUUAGGGAAAAAAAUUUAAAAACCAUGGCCCCACAUACACUCCAGUUUGCCCACCUCUGUGAUAGAUGUUGUCCUUCCCUUGGAAUGGAGAUGGGAAUUGGGGUUAAGUGUCUUUGGAAAGUCUCUGAAAUUUUCUGCUGGAAAGGAUGUGGCUGUUAUUACGGAAAGGCUUUUGCUUCUCCACCUUUACAUUUUCAUGGUGGGAACUCAAAGCAGGAUCAUAUAAAGCCUGAGGAAUCAGAUUUUAUCUGGAGAAAAGUCUAAGGAGUCAACCCUUUUUAAAGAGAGAAGAAGAUAUUGGGUUGCUGUGAGUUUUCCGGGCUAUAUGGCCAUGUUCCAGAAGCAUUCUCUCCUGACGUUUCAUCCACAUCUAUGGCAGGCAUCCUCAGAGGUGAUGAGGUCUAUUGGAAACUAGGCAAGUGGGGUUUAUAUAUCUGUGGAAUGUUCAGGGUGGGAGGAAGAGGCAAGUGUAAACGUUGCAAUUGGCCACCUUGAUUAGCAUUGAAUGGCCUUUCAGUUUUAAAGCCUGUCUGCUUCCUGCCUGGGGGAAUCCUUUGUUGGGAGGUGUGAACUGGGCCUGAUUGUUUCAUGCCUCGAAUUCUCCUGCUUUCUGAGAGUUGUCCUGAUUUUAGAAUUUAUUUAAAUACUGGUAGCCAGAUUUUGUUCACACCUCCCAACAAAUGAUUCCCCCAGGCAGGGAGGAGCCAAGCUUUGAAGCUGAAAGGCCAUUCAGUGCUAAUCAAGGUGGUCAGUUGCAACAUUCACACUUGCCUCAAACAGACAAUAGGUCUUUCUCCCACCCUGGACAUUCCACAAAUAUAAACCCAUUUGCUUAGUUUCCAACAGACCUCACAACCUCUGAGGAUGCUUGCCAUAGAUGUGGGUGAAACACCAGGAGAGAAUUCUUCUGGAGCAUGGCCAUAUGGCCCGAAAAACUCACAGCAACCCAGUAAUUCUGGUCAUGAAAGCCUUCGACAACACGAAGAGGAUAUUCAUAGUAUCCUUGUCUUUCAUUCUCAUUCACACGAGAAUCAAAAUAACUCAAACUGGUUAAAAGAUUGCUUGGUAUUGAACAUUGAUUCUGUAGCAUCUUUGGAGCUUUAAGGAAUUUGGGAAAUGAUGGAACAAUGCAGGGGCAGGUAUGGGAUAAUUCUUGACUACAUUAUGGCAUAUGUUAUUCACAGUGUUGGAGGGUCAUUAUACUGAUGUGUGAGAUUGGAACUACAGUCCCAGGGUACCCCUGCAUUGGCAUGCCAUAUUAUUAAUAAUAACAAAUUGAGAAAGCUAUAGAGUGUUGUGGAUUUUCUUAAAUGCAGAAGAAUAACUUAGGUCAAACAUAGUUUGGUGCAAGAUAUAGCAAUGCACUUUUAUUAUGAUUGUUUAUGCAGACAGGGUUCGGUUUACAGGGUACGUUUUAAUGCCCUCAUUGUAUCCUUUCUUUUUCGUAUGCGUGUGUAAGUUUGUGUGUGUAUGCACCUUUGUUAAGAUUUACAUUCUGAUGAGGCAGGGACAAUGGAAUUCACAGCACUAGAGGAAAAGAUGGGUGCUAUACAAAUCAAAAAUGCCGGCGGAGGGGGGGGUGGUGGAUAUCAUUUGGACUAAAUUUCCAAACCUCUCUGCCAGUUCAGUCCUAAAAAAGACCUUCUAUUUCUGAAAAGGAAGGUUGGUACAAGAGUUCCAAUAUUUCAUUCCUGUCAUUAUUGCUGAUCCCACUGUAUUAGUCGAGGAAUGGAGACAGAGCCAAUAAGUAGGAAUUGAAAGCAUUAGUACAAUUGAAUAAUCAGGGUGAAAGGGAUAGUUAUCAUUUGACAAACCACUGUAAUAGAUUUCUAACUGGAAAACAAAACAAACUCUCACUGAUCUUCCAAGGUGGGAAAUAGUGCAUCUGCAAAAUACACUUUGUCACACCACUGUGAGAGGCCUAGGGACCCCAAUCAUCGUUUUAAUAACUACCUUUAAGGAAUAUGUAUCAAUGGCAUGUGGCUUAAUCUCUCUCUCACUGCUUCUCAGACCCAUAUGUGAUUGGUCAAUAAGAGACAGAGAACAGGAUAGACACAAUUUGGAAUGAAAAGGAUGCCUGCAGAUGUCAAAAGUGCAGUAAGGAAGAGGGCAUGCCUUUGUGAAACACCACUCCCUUUUAAAGCACACAAUCUACAGAAGCCUCAAAACAAUUUUUGCCUUGUCAUUAUUUCCACUCCCCCCCCCUUGGAUACUGUGGUUCAAUUUUUACAGCUGUUUAUUAUGACGAGUCAGCAUCACUGUUUGAUUUACAUGUGAAUACCUUAACUGUGCACUUAUAGGAGUAUUUCUAAGCACUAGAAGCAAGCCUUACUCAAAGAACGGGUCUUGUUCGGGGACAAAUUUCCUUGGGAUCAGAAAUUCCUAAUGACCUAGGCUCAAGGGCUGAACCAGAUCUUAUAAAUUAAGAAUUAUAGAGUUGGAAGAGACCACAGGGGCCAUCUAGUCCAGUCCCCUGUAAUUUGUGGGGAAGGAGGGGCUAUAACUCCCAGAAUCCCUCAAACAAGACUUUGCAAAGAAACUGGGAGAUAUAUAAACCUGUUCCUUGAGGAAAUUACAAUUUAGCAAUCACAGGCAACUUUUCAACAGUAGCAUUGCAGAUAUGUGAUGUCCUAAAGAACAUGGGGCUUCCCAUAUUUCUGAAUGGUACUUAAGGCAAUCCAAGAAUAUGUUCCAGUCCCAAAGAUGAGUGGUUCUCAACCUGUGGAUCUCCCAGCCAGUUUACCAGCUGUUAGGAUAUCUGGGAAUUGGAGGCCAAAACAUCUGGGAACCCACAGGUUAAGAACCACUGUCAUAGAUUGUAUCCUCUGUGGAAGAAUGUAUUCCAGUUCCAUAUAUUGUAUCCUAUGGGUUAGCUCUAGCUGUCUCCUGCAGCCCAAACUCUCCCCCUUCCAUGGCACCCCAAAUUUACCAUCCAGGUAACAGGUAAAGAGACUGGAGAAAAAGUAGGACUUUCUGUUAUCCUAGCUCUUUCUCAUAUUUUUUGAAAAUAUCAUACAUGAAUCCAGAGCCCUUUGGUCCACAUUUAGAGAUUGGGUAUUCUGGAUUUCACCUUCGCAGGAAUACAGAUCACAAAAACAGGGAUCAGAAAAGGUUUUAAUAAAGGGUGUUGUAUAUUGUUGCCCAAGACUGUUUUCAUUCUGUUUUAUAUAUUUAAAAGAAAAGGAGUAGUUAACACAAACCAAAACAGCAGGGGCUAAGGAGAUGAAUACUGCAAACACUUUUUUUUCCUUUGGUGUGGUUGCCAAUCUGAUUUUUUUCCUGUUUUAAGUAUUUUAUCAGAUUUGUAUAUUCAAUAUUGUAAUUUAUGUGUAUUUUAAAAAGAUUCUACAAAAGAAUGGUAGAGAUGAGACUGGAGAAGAAUGCUCUAUUAUUUAAAAAUGUAUGUUGUAAAUUAAAAACAAAAAAAUCCACACACA